CAUGGGCAAAAGGAGUCAACACAAACACACUGCCUGGUGGAAACUGUAAAUGCUAACAUCUCAGGCUAACCCUACUAUUCAGCAUUUCGUUUGAGUGAGCGUUCUCAUAUCUGGUCAGAAAGAAAACAGGGAGGAGAUGGAGACUGAUGUGGCUGGGACGGGAAUUGUCAAGGUCCGAAUUUCUAAUACUCUCUCAGAGGGUGAAAAGAAAGCUAUUGCGUCUAGGAAGGUGAAGGUGAAGGAAGGCCUUGACAAACUUGGGAUUCCAUGUGAUGCGGACAAAAUCCCCAAUAUUGCUGUCCUGGCAUCAGGAGGAGCUUUGCGGGCCAUGAUUGCUCUUUAUCGCACACUGGUGGAACUGAAGAAAUACAACCUCUUGGACUGCGUUAUGUACUUGGGUGGGGUGUCUGGCUCCACCUGGUGCAUGCCAGACCUUUACAAAAAUGAAGACUGGGAAGAUAAAAUAGAGACAUUGGAAAAACGUCAGCAUGAAAACCUUGUCCAAGGCCACUUGGAAAUUGAGAAGGCAAUAAAAGCUGUUCUGGAGGCAGUAGAGGAUGAACAUUACUCUUUGACGGAUAUCUGGUCCUAUUUCCUUCUGCAUGAACUGCUAAACCAGUUUGAUGAGACUGAAUUGUCUGCACAUGCGACAUCCUGUGAGAAUGGGAAGAAUCCUUAUCCUAUCUAUGCAGCUGUGGACCAAGAAACAUACCAGAAACAGCAUGCAGGCACCUGGUUUGAAUUUACCCCACAUGAAGCUGGGCUUCCUGGCUUAGGAGCAUAUGUAGACAUCAAAUAUUUUUGGAGCAUAUUUCAAAAUGGGCAAAUGGUUGAAGAGAAGAAGGCAAAAAACAUCUGCUAUCUGAAAGGUUUAUGGGGAAGUGCCCUUGGAAGUAAGGAAGAACUUAAAAAGAAAAUAGAAGGUAGUUUACGGCAUUUACGGGAUUUACUAAGACAUCACACUUCAACAUACUCUUCUUCAACAGACUUGGAUCAAGAUGACCAGAAACUUAAUAUACUCUAUGAAGGUUAUCAUUCUCUUCUGGAGCUGCACUUGUCUGAAUCAUUAGAUGGAAGAGAAGCAGAGAAGCAUUUUGACGAUCUAGAAAAUAUCUUGAAAAACUACAGCUCCAGCAAAAGCUAUGAAUUGCUCAGAGAAAUCCGUCAGACCUGGUAUUCUGCAGAUGAAGAAACAAGAAAGAACGAGCAUUUGAGACUGUUCCAUGCUUUGGACACAGAUUUUGGAGGCAAGUAUCAUAGUGACGACCAAGCUUUGUAUAAAGUGAUCAAAAAGACAUGGUUAUGCCUUAGGAUGUGGACAUGGGGAAAGACCAAUAAUUUCCUCUACCGCUGCUCUGAUGUUGAAUUCCCUGAGCUGACAAGCAAGGCAGCCGUCUCUCUCAUUGAUGCUGGUCUGGCCAUAAACACAGCUUACCCACCUAUUCUGCGCCCUGAGAGAGAUGUGAAACUGAUCCUCUCCUUUGACUUCAGUGCUGGAGAUCCUUUUCUAACCAUUAGACAAGCUGCUGAAUACUGUGAUGCACAUGGAAUCCCAUUUCCCAAGAUAGAUGGGGGAGAACUGCAGGAUAUAGACAACCCGUCGGAUUGCUACAUCUUCAGGGGAGAACAGGUCCCAACUGUCAUGCACUUCCCACAGUUCAACAAUGUCAACUGUCCAGGUGAAGUGGCUAAAUACAGAGAGCAGUUUUCAACGUUCAAGAUGAGCUAUUCAGAUGAGGAGAUUGAAAAGUUGCUCACUGCCACAAUGAAGAAUGUAGCAAAUGUUCAGGAAAAGAUUCAGGAGGAGAUCAAACGUAUUGUAGGUCCUCCUUCACAAAAAGCUUAAGUAAACCUAAUAGCAGGUUCAUAUAAUAAGACUUGUUUUCCCAAACAGAGAGCACCUCUGCUUAUUGUUAACAUUAUUAUUAUUAUUCAUAGUAUUAUUAUUCAUAGUAUUAUUAUCACCACUGCUGCCAUCAUCACUGUCAACUGAAUUUGUAUCCCAUUGUUCUAAUAGGAUUUGUAGUCAAAGCUAAAAAAAACAUGCUGAUAAACACACACACACAUACACACACACACACACACUCAAAUAAGACUUAGCAAAUCACAACGGCCUCAGACUCAUGCACACAUACCCUUCACUUUUCAUCCACUGGCAUGACUGUGAAGAUGAAAUUAGAAGCUGUUGCUUCUCAUCUAAGCUAACCAUGUUUGUUUUUGUCAGGCAAAGGUGGCAUGGGGGAGAUUUUAUUGAUUCAACCCAAAAGAAAACCCCCCUUGAGAUAUCACUUGCCUAAUACUUCUGAUAUUACCUACAUGCAUUUCUGGAUGUUCACCCACUAACACAGUUUAUGACAGGAGGUAUUGCACAUGAGGAGGUGGAACUGCCUCUCUAUGUUUUGUAUUGGAUAAUAAAUGCUUAAGUCUCAUCUUCACCCCACUUCUACCCAAACAAUGGUGAGGUCAACAUCUUUGUUUAUGAAUAGGGAUGUUGGAAGAAUAUGAUUUUGGGGUAGAAUUUUUGCCAGCUCAACCCCUCAGAUA